CUUGCUGGUGCUGCGGACCCAUCUUGGGUCCGCUCGGGGCGGGGGGAGGCGGCUCUGCAGCCGGCACCAUGGACGAGGCCUACGAUGUGAUCGUGCUGGGCACCGGCCUGACCGAAUGUAUCCUUUCGGGCAUCAUGUCUGUGAAUGGCAAGAAGGUCUUGCAUAUGGACCGGAAUCCAUACUAUGGGGGUGAGAGUUCAUCAAUUACCCCCCUGGAAGAGCUCUACAAGCGUUUUGAGAUUGCUGAGGGACCCCCUGAAUCCAUGGGGCGUGGCCGGGACUGGAAUGUGGACCUUAUUCCCAAAUUCCUCAUGGCCAAUGGCCAACUGGUGAAGAUGCUGCUGUAUACAGAAGUGACACGUUAUCUAGACUUCAAAGUGGUGGAGGGCAGCUUUGUGUACAAGGCAGGAAAGAUCUACAAGGUGCCGUCAACAGAGACAGAGGCGCUAGCAUCCAAUCUCAUGGGCAUGUUUGAGAAGCGACGUUUCCGCAAGUUCCUGGUGUUUGUGGCAAACUUCGAUGAGAAUGACUCAAAGACAUUGGAAGGGGUGGAUCCACAUAGCACCACCAUGCGCGAGGUCUAUCGCCGCUUUGACCUGGGCCAGGAUGUCAUUGACUUCACAGGACAUGCGCUGGCACUCUAUCGUACUGAUGAUUACUUGGAUCAGCCCUGCUUGGAGACCAUCAACCGCAUCAAACUGUACAGUGAAUCCCUGGCCCGCUAUGGGAAGAGUCCCUACCUCUACCCACUUUACGGUCUGGGUGAGCUCCCCCAGGGCUUUGCCAGGCUUAGUGCGAUCUAUGGCGGCACCUACAUGCUCAACAAGCCAGUGGAUGAGAUUGUCAUGGAAGGUGGCAAGGUGAUUGGCGUUAAGUCUGAAGGAGAGGUGGCACGCUGCAAGCAGUUGAUCUGUGACCCCAGCUACAUGCCAGAUCGCGUGCGCCCAGCAGGGAAGGUUGUGCGAGUCAUCUGUAUCCUGAGCCACCCUAUCCGUGGCACCAGCGAUGCCAACUCCUGUCAAAUCAUCAUUCCCCAGAACCAAGUGGGGCGCAAGUCAGAUAUUUAUGUCUGCCUCAUCUCCUCUGCCCACAAUGUGGCUGCCCAGGGCAAGUACAUUGCCAUUGCCAGCACCACUGUGGAGACGGAUUCUCCUGAGAACGAAGUGCAGCCAGCCCUUGAACUGCUUGAACCUAUCGACCAAAAGUUUGUGGCCAUCAGUGACAUCUAUGAACCCACUGAUGAUGGAACUGAAAGCCAGAUAUUCUGCUCAUGGUCAUACGAUGCCACCACCCACUUUGAGACAACAUGCGAUGACAUCAAAGACAUUUACCGGCGCAUGGCAGGGGCACCCUUUGACUUUGAGAGCAUGAAGCGGCGCCAGAAUGAUGUAUUUGGCGAGGAUGAGCAGUGACCAUUCCCCUUCCCUUUCAACCCCAUUCCAUUCCUCCCCACCCUGGGUUUUCCCCAUGCAAGGGACCAUAUUCCUACCAGGGACUGGCUUUCCCCUCACACUUCACCUGAGACUGGCUCUUCCUUCAUAUCCUCAUUUAGCUAUGCCAGGCCUCUCCUAUCUGGGACCAGUCCCCUUAAGCCACAAAGAGAAAACAGUUCUGGAUUAAUUUUCCUUUCUCCUGUUUGCCCCUCCCCUGGCUUUUUUUGCUGACAAAAACCAGACACCCCAUCUUUCCCAUGACUCAGAUUGGAUCAAAUUGGUGCACCCUAAACCCUUAGGGGACUCAUUUCUUCAGUUCCUUCCAGUGCCUGUAGGGAUUUGGGGCCAAACCAUGUAUUGUAUACAAUUGCAUGCAUUUAAGCACUGGCCCUUUCUAGGAAAAACGCAGCUCCAGGCAGGGGUGCUUUGGCACCCUUUUCUGCCGGAGUUCCUCCCUUCUCUGGGUAGGUUCCACUGCAUGUUUGCAAGGGUAAAGGUGAAUUGCAAUGGAGGCAGAAUGAAGCACACGCACUGCUUUCCCAGUUCAGCAAGCUCCAUCCCAAACCUGUACUGCAUGUACUUUGGCCUUCAUUCCUGCUCCUCAUCUCAAACUCACCCUCUCGGCUCAUUCUUCUCCCCUCCCACCCCUCCUUCCUAGACACAACCAUGCCCUGAUUAUUGCUCCUUUGUGCCUCAUCAUUUCUCCCCGUUUCUCAUCCCAGGUCUUUUCCCAGUGAACUGGCUUGUGGGUUCACUGAUGACAGACCUUCCCUUCCCAUGUGUAUAGGCGGCCCUUCUUCCUUUCCCCAUUCACCCCAGUCAUGGUGCAAACUUUCAUUCCUGUAUAUUGAGAAGAACUGGAAUGGCUACCACUACAGUAUGUGGAGUGGGGGAGGCACGAAAAGCCAUUCCAGACCAUUUCUUCCACACAUGCUGUCCCUCUAGCCAGUCCUGUCUCCCCCACCUUGCCACUUCAGGUUCCCACAAAGCCUCUGUUUGUCUUGCGUCUCUUUUGUCCCCUCAGUCCCUCUUAGUUCCUUUAGCCUUCAGUGUGGGAAGAUUUGUGUGUGUGUAUGUGUCUCUCUUGUGUGCUGGACAUAGGGACAGGGUGGUGGUUCUGUCCCGAUCCACUUGCUGCCACCUGCUGUAACUUAUUGUAACUUAUUAACGAAGCAGGUCAAACUUUUGUUGACACUCCUUGACAAUUUAAUGAGGUUUGGAUGGGGUUUGGCCCUGGCAUGAGCAAAGAGGCCUGGGGCCUGUUUUAUGUCAGAGGCUUCCUUCAUUCUGAAGCUGGCUUUAUGGUUAACAAUCUGUCUGUAACUCUAGGGGAAUGUGAGGGGUCCCCCCUCCAUUCCACAGCUGCUCAGUUGUCUCAAGAUAAUAAAUUCACUUAGUCUA